AUGCCCGCAAAGAUCCCCUUCCUGCCCGCCUCGUCGUCGCUCCAGGAAAAGCUCAUCGAGGCCUCUUCCCCCCAGCGCAUCCGCGCACAGCUCCUCGUCUUCCUCCUCAUCCUCGGCGUCGGCCUCGUCCGCCACUACAUCUACCCUCACACCGCCAGAGCCCGCUCCAACCGCACAGUACACCACGGCCAUGCCCACCAGGAAGAGACCAUCGCACAGGUGCACUCCAUCCUCAUCUACCCCAUAAAGAGCUGCGCCGCCGUCCAGCUCGACGCCGCCCAGCUCGGCCAGAACGGCCUCGACCUCGACCGAAGAUGGAUGGUCGUCACUAGGCACAAGCGCAAGGCCGACGGCAGCUACGAGGAGCAGCACAAGUGGGCAAAGGUGGCACUGCGCGAGGACCCGCGCCUCACCCUCGUCGUACCCACCGUCGACGAAGCGAACAACCUCCUCCGCCUGCGCAUCUCCGACCAUGCGUCCGCCGCUUCUCAACUUGGCAACAUCGAGACACCGCUCCGCCCCUCGCAACACCAGCUGUCCUCCUGGAAGCUGCUUGAAAAGGUAGACAUGUGGGGUGACUACGCAGACGGUCGCAUCGCCGAGUCGGCGUCACGCCCUUCGCCCCUGGACUCCUCUGCCAGUCCGACAAUGACGCCCAGCGAGUGGCUGAGCACCUUCCUCGGAUAUCCCGUCCUGCUGCUCCACUUUGACCUGCACUCGGACGUACGCCGCGCCGCCUUCCCAAUCUACCGGCCUCCUACCGACAUCGACGCCUGGUCCACCAGCGAGAAGGAACAACUGCUACAGCCCCAAGGACUGGCAUUCGCCGACGAGUACCCGCUGCUCGUAUCGACCGUAGAGUCGCUCAAGGCGGUCCAGGAGCAGAUCCAAGAUGCUGCUCGGGCAUCUUUACCGGGCGGGGCGGGCGGAGACGGCCGCGGCGGACGAGCGAUUGGCGGCCUGAACGCAGAGCUGUGGGAGGCGAAGGGCAAGCUCGACAUGAUCCGCUUCCGACCCAACAUCGUCCUCUGCUCCUUGUCCGACGACGCGGAAGCCUAUCCUGCCUUUUCAGAGGACUCGUGGGACCGCAUCACCAUCCUCGCCUCGUCCGCCGACCACGACUCGACACCGACACAGACGGCGCUGGCCAUUGUGGCACGGUGCCAGCGCUGUCUCCUCACCGCCGUCGAUCCGACCACGGCCGAAAGGGACGCCAGCGUUCCGCUCAAGUUCCUCUCGCGAACUAGGAUGCGGUACAAGAAGACGCCCAACCCGCUCGGAAGCCAGCUGGGCGCCGUGCUGCCGGGCAAGGAGAGAAAGGGCCCCUGCUUUGGCGUCUAUGCCAUCCCGAUUCCUUCGCCUCGGGCCGGAGAUGGCGCACCGGGGAAGGGCGAGCGGGGACAGUACGGAGAGAUACGCCGAGGCGAUGCGGUCAGGGUGCGAUGGAGGCCAGCGACGUUGGACGACGAGGAGCGGUAG